GGCAAAUCAGCACGGAGUAUUUCUCGGCGGAGGCGGCCACUCUCACCGUACAGUCGGGAGCUCGGGAACCCUCGGACCUUCUAGAUUCCCUCAAACCCUAGCCUAAACCCUAGCAUUUCUCGCCCAAUUGGCUAAACCCCACCCAUCCCAUUCCCACCCAUGGCGGAGGCGGAGAAGGCGGGCGGGGAGGCGGAAGCGGAGUACGAGAGCGACCUCGAUGACGCGCCCCUCCCCGCGGCGAGGCGUCGCGCGGCGGCGAGCGACGAUGAGGAGGAGGACGAGGACGAGGGCGGCGGCGGGAGCGGUUCGCCGCCGCCGCCGUCAACGGUGUUCGACUCCGAGUCCGACCCCGACAGGCAGGGCGCGGCGGAGUUGUACGACGACGGCGACGAGGGGAUUUACGGCACCGAGGAGGAGGAAUGCGGGGACGUGUUCGAGGAGCGCGAGGCGGGAGGUGUUGGCGGCGGAGGCGGAGGAGAGGUCGAAUUGGUGGCCGGUGAGGUGGAUGUGGCGCCGGAGGACGAAGGAAAGUACGAGGAGGAGGGAUUGGCGGUGGAAGGAGAGGAGGAGGAAUCGGCGGUGGAAGGAGAAGAGGAGGAAAUGAAGGAGGAGGAGGAUGCAGCCUACGCCGUGCCGACGGCAGGCGCCUUCUACCAGCACGACACUCGCUUCCGGGGCCAGGAAGACGGCAUCCGCGGGCACCAAAGGCAAAUUUUUGGUGGCCAAAAGAUAUGGAAUCCUAAAGAGGAGGCGGCAUGGGUGCAUGAUCGGUUUAAUGAGAUAAAUCUCCAUGAUAAUACCAAGAGUGAGUAUCUUGACAGUGUGGGUAUCAUGCAGAGUGUUGACAAUGGUUAUUUUGAAGGAACCAGAUCCUACAGUGAUACCAAGAGCUUUGACAAUGUUCAGACACAACCUCAUUCAUAUUGUGGCAAUGUUAAAGGCUACAGUGAAAAGCAAAACGUGUACAGAGAAAAAGGAUCCAGAACCUACCAAUCUCAUCAGACGACUAGCAAAUCAUAUUCCAGAUCAGAGAAUGCAGAGGUUUCAUCAAAUGCAGAUAUGAGACAGCACUCCUCUCAGACUCUAAGUUUGCAGCAUGAAAAAACCCUUCCUUGUAAUCAAACCUUUAGAUCAAACACAAGUUCAGCUCCACCACCCUUCUACUCUUCUAGAUCAUCCCAUCAAGAAUUCCCUUUUUUUCAAAGAGAGAAAGCACGGCGCAUAACAUUCAAUAAACUCUUCUCAUCAGCUGUCCAUAAAGCAAGUUUGCAGCAUGAACAAACCCUUCCUUGCAAUCAAUCCUUUAUUCAAAGAGAGAAAGCACGACGUGUAACAUUCAAUAAAUUGUUCUCGUCAGCUGUGCAUAAGGCACAUAAUUCUCUGACACCACAGUCCCAUCCCGUUUUCAGAAGGAAGGCCUUUGUUCCAUCUGCAUCUCCUGAGCAUGGAACCGCUGUUGAUUCUCACCGCAUAGUUCCUAUCGACACCAUGCCAUGCUCUGCUUUGCAUCCUAUAUCAACAUCACAUAAAUAUAGCAAAAAUUCAGAAUUCUGGGAUCAAGUUAGAGAUGUAAACGUUGCUGAGACUACCAGACCUUGUACUGAACCCCAGAUUGCAGUUUGUCAGCAAAGGUCAGUUCAACCACCAAUUGUACCCACACCAAGGGCAUCUGCUCAGAUAUUUGUUCAGAAAGAUACCAGUACCAGCAAAAUUCAAUCUCAUCCACAAACAACACUGAUAAGUUCAUCUGAUGAUGGCGAGGCCACCGCACCCCCUGAAACAAGCAGUUCUGUAGUGCUAUCGGAAGUAACAGUGCAAGAUGAUAUGAAGGGAGCAGAGAGGACCUGUUUUUUCGAUGGUGGCAGCCUUUUUGUUGGUGAUAUGGAAGCAAGAAGCUCUACCCAAUAUGAACCAGGUUCCACUAGCACUCCAACAAAAUUGCCAGUUAUGCUGUUCAGUGGCUUGCAUCCUAUGGGGCCUGGUUUCCCCUCUGUUUCUAUGAUUCUGCCGGGAUUUGUGGGUCAACAACGUGAUGGCGAUUCGGAAAUGGGACCAAUGACCUGGUUGCCAAUAUUGACUGGUGCUACUGGGGUUCAGGAAGGAACAAGCUGUCCACCUAAUUUUGGCAGUAAUUGUCUCAAACUUGCAUCUUCAUUAGCAUCGCCAAGAGACCAUGGUGCAACUAAUGAUCCUAUUUCAUUGACUUCCCAAGAAAUACCAUAUCCAACCAACUAAUGUGUUUUUUUCUGUUUUCUUUUCUUUUGUGUUCAACUGGCUAUUCUUCUGAUAUUAGUCAUGAACCUGUUCAUCAUCGUAACAGAAGUCGCAGAUACUCGGAGAUGAGCUUUGCCUUGUGAAAAGUUGACAGUUGAAGUGGAUUCACUAAACCAGCUUUGAGUCUGUAGAAUUUGCAUGAUCUAUUGCCAUUUUGCUGGACAGCUCAGAUCUUUCUCAAGACCAACUCCCCGGAUUCUUAUAGAACUACAGAUUUUUCUCUUUUGUUUUCUUCACCUAGCAGGUUUGACUAACUGCUGUGGUCAUCUGCAUGAAUUGGACCAUUCUAUGGGGUUGCAGUAUCCCACUCUUAGGUCUCUCAUCAUGAGAAGAACCUGAGGUGGCGGUUACUGACGCUAACUCUUGUUCAGCUCUGCCUCUGAUUUCGUCUUCUGCAGUAGCUUCCUGCUGGGUUGCUCGCCUUUUGAAGAAAAUGUGCUAUGCACGCAUUUCACUAAGAACUUGGUUUCAUGCUUCUGGUAGCUAGAAACUCGCAGUAGCCAGUCAGGCACGCAGGAUAGACUGCUAUUCAGUAUGGUUCUCUGUUCAGUUACGGCUUGCGAACUGCUGGAACAGCAGGGAAGUUGCUCAGGUGAGCCUGGUGUCAAAUUCAUGCGACUUGCUGCCCCUGCAAAGAGGGGAGACCUAUUGUACUGCUCGGUUUACUUAUAUGUAUGCUUGACAUGAAUGAAGAAACCACUAUUCGAGUCCCGUGAA